AUGGCUAAUUCCAGUAACAUUCUUCUCAUCUUCACAUUUGUUAUCUUUCUCACUACUUUCACAUCUACAAAUUCAUGGGAUGACCCUUUUUUCCUAAGCCAAUAUUGCUCAAGUAACAGAACAUUAGCCAAUACUUCCUUCCAAAUUAACCUCACCACUCUUCUAUCUUCCUUAUCGCUCAUUGCCACAACCAAAACCAACACACAAUUCUACAACACAACAUUCAAUGGAAACAACCCUUCUGACACAAUCUAUGGCAUGUACUUAUGCAGAGAUGAUGUUCCUUCUCAACUCUGUCAACAAUGUAUAGUAAAUGCAACACAAAGACUUACCUCAGAGUGCUCUUUGUCUAAAGAAGGUAUUGUUUGGUAUAAUGAAUGCAUGGUUUGGUAUUCCACUGCCUUUAUCUUCUCAACUGUGGCAAGAACAACACCUAGUUUUAACUUGUUCAACACCGACAAAGUCCCAAACACAAAAACUUUCAUGAGUUUAUUGUUUUCUACAAUGAACAAAACUGCAAAUGAAGCAGCUUUUGGUAACAGUGCUAAAAAAUUUGCAACAAAUGAAAUAACAAUAUCAAAAUUUCAGACCCUUUAUUGUUUAGUUCAAUGCACGCCAAAUUUGUCACCACAUGAUUGUAGAAUUUGUCUAAGCGGAUUAAUAGAGGAUCUUCCAGGGUGUUGUGAAGAUAGAGUUGGAGGAAGAGUUCUAAAUCCAAGUUGCAAUAUUAGGUAUGAAUUUUACCCUUUUUAUAUCAAAAAUAUUGGUUCAUCAAAUCCUUCAUCACAACAAAUUCUACUCCCCCAAACAAAAAACUCAGAUCCUGAUUCAAUGAUUUCAGAAGACCCUUUUUACCUUUCACACAAUUGUUCAAGUAACAAAACCUUCACUUUUAACAACACUUUCAAAGUUCACUUGACAACCCUUUUUUCUUACUUGUCUUCUAAUGCCACAAAAAGUCUAUUUUAUAAAGAUCAAGUGGCAAAUACAGCUUUCGGGCUCUUCAUGUGCCGUGGUGAUGUUCCCUUUUCCUUAUGUGAGCUAUGUGUGAAAAAUGCAACACAAAGAAUAACCAAAGAUUGUAACUUUUUUCAAGAGGGAGUGAUUUGGUAUAGUCAAUGCAUGAUUCGGUAUUCGAAUUGGAAUUUCUUCUCUUUAGUAGACAAAAGUCAUGUGUACUAUGAGAUGAAUGUUACUAAUGAUUCUAGUCCCAACAAAGAGAGAAACUUGUUCAAUUUUGUAAUAUCAACUACCUUAUCAAAUGUGGCAAUUGUGGCAGGGGAUAGUGAUGCGAAGUUUGGAACAAAAUCAUUGGAAUUGAAUGAUUUACAAACACUUUAUACACUUGGUCAAUGUACACGUGAUUUAUCAAGUGAUGAUUGCAAGGGUUGUUUGGGAGAUAUUAUUGGAAAUGGAAUUCCUUGGCCUUAUUUGGGAAGUGUUGGUGGAAGAGUUUUAUAUCCGAGCUGCAACUUGAGAUUUGAAUUCUUCCAAUUUUAUAGGGACAAUGACAAUGUUACCAAACCAAAACUUACACAUUCUUCAUCAGAUAAAAGAACAAACCGGAGACGAACAAUUAUGUUGAUUGUUUUGUUCUCGGUUCUUCCAGUGAUACUCUUCUUGGUUGGAUUCUAUUUGAUAAAGAGAAAAGCAAAAAGGAGUUUUAGGUCUAUUCUCAAUGAAAACUUUGGUGAUGAAAGUGCUAUUUUAGAGCCAUUACAAUAUGGCUUAGAUGUAAUUGAAGCCGCAACCAACAACUUUGCAAAUGAAAAUUUCAUUGGCAAAGGUGGAUUUGGAGAAGUUUACAAGGGUACACUUUUGGAUGGCCGACAAAUAGCCGUAAAAAGACUCUCAAAAAGCUCAACGCAAGGUGGAAAAGAGUUCAAGAAUGAAGUUUUGUUGAUCGCUAAGCUUCAACAUAGAAAUUUAGUCACGUUCAUCGGUUUUUGCCUCGAAGAACAAGAGAAAAUACUUAUUUAUGAAUAUGUGCCGAACAAGGGCCUUGAUCACUUCUUAUUUGACGUUCGACAACCAAAGUUCUUAACUUGGCCCGAACGUUACAAUAUUAUAAGAGGAAUUGCUCAAGGAAUUAUCUACUUACAUGUACAUUCUCGACUCAAAGUCAUUCAUCGUGACCUCAAACCUAGUAACAUUUUACUAGACGAAAAUAUGAUUCCAAAAAUAUCAGACUUUGGCCUUGCUAGAAUUUUUGAACUAAACCAAGACGAAGCAAGUACAAAUAGGAUCGUCGGAACAUUAGGCUAUAUGUCUCCGGAAUAUGCAAUGCUGGGACAAUUUUCUGAGAAAUCUGAUGUUUAUAGUUUUGGAGUCAUGGUUUUAGAAAUUAUGACAGGAAAGAAGAAUGUAAGGUCUUAUGAAUCAAUUGUUGGUGAUAGUCUCCUGAGUUAUGUUUGGAGACAAUGGAGGGAUGAAACACCAUUCAACAUAUUAGACCCAAAAAUUAAAGGAACUUAUUCGGAAACUGAAGUCAGAAAAUGUAUUCAGAUUGGUUUAUUAUGUGCUCAGCAGUUCCCAGACGCAAGACCAACAAUUGCAACAGUAGUUUCGUAUCUUAACAACGACUUCAUUGAAUUACCAACUCCGCAAGAACCUGCGUUUUUGUUCCAGGGCAAAAUGGAUGCAAAAGGCAUUCCACAUGAAUCAAGUUCUACUCAGUCUAUUAGUACAUCCACAGCUUUGACGGCCAAUGAAUUGUCAAUAACCGAAUUGCUUCCUCGAUGA